AUUUAUUUUAGUAUAUUAAAGGUAUAAAUUUCGCAGGUGGAGCACUUUUCAUUAAAAUAUCACGUUUUAAUAAAUAAAUAUUACUGAAGUCAAUAGUAAAAAGGAACAACGAACAUAAAAUGGCUCAAAUGGAUAUGGAACUGAAAAAGGCAUUCACCGAAAUGCAAAUUAAUAAAAUUGAGACCACCAAAAAAAUGAAUAUGAUCGAUAUGAAAUGCAGUAUGGUGAAAAAUGGUAAACAAAAAUACGAAUUGACCGAGAAGGGCACCAGUGAUCUCAAAGAUGACACCAGAGUAUACCUUUCCGUUGGACGUAUGUUUGUCCUAACCGAUGUGGACCACAUGCGCUCCGACCUCAAAGCUAAACAAGAAAAAUGUGAUAAAGCUAUAGAGCUGCUCAAUAAGAAAAAAGAAUUCUUAGUCAAGUCUUUGAAGGAUCAAGAAGACGGUUUGCGUGAAUUGGUGCAACAACGUAAAGAAGCAGAUGCGGCGUCAAAAUGAAAAACUUUAAAUUAAGAUGACCUAAUUUAUUAACAAAUUAUUGCAAAAUAUAAACAUCUUUCUCACUUUACGAUACCAGA